CUGGUCUCUGCACAGUUCUUCAGUCUUCCUUCUCGUCACCAUGUGUGAUGAUGUAGCAUAAGGAUUUGUAGUCAAUGUUUCCAGCUACGUCAAUGGGAGCUAAUGCAAACAUUUGUUCUACCUACACAACACAAGCAAAGGAUUCUGCCACUGUUUCGCCUUCUCCUUCCUCCUUUUCCGCGCCACGCAACUUCCUGCUGACGUCAUUACGACGCGCCUGGGCCUUCCUCACGCAGACGCCGCACACUAGUCAACUAGUCCCGUCGUCGAGUCGGCACCACUUCCGGCUUUAGGCUCCACAUCCGGGGGGAAAGUCUUGCCGGCUUCCGCUUUGUCUCUCCGCUCCGGCUGCCUCUGGCUCCAACUAGACCGGCGAAUUUGCCGUUUCCUGAAGCAUUCCAAUAUUGGACAUUGAACAUUGAUUGCCGAGGAAGACUUUGUCAAGCUGUUCACUCUUAAGUUUGUUUAAGCCUCACUAAAAGUGAAUUAGAGAAGAUUAAGUAAAUAGAAGGAUGAAGCUUUAUAGUUUAAGUGUCCUUUACAAAGGUGACCCAAAAGUGCAUUUACUGAAAGCUGCUUAUGAUGUGUCAUCAUUUAGCUUUUUCCAGAGAUCCAGUGUUCAGGAAUUCAUGACCUUUACAAGUCAACUGAUAGUAGAGCGUUCAGAGCCCGGUAGCAGAGCUUCUGUGAAGGAACAAGAAUACCUCUGUCAUGUCUAUGUGAGGAACGAUGGGUUGGCUGCAGUAGUGAUAGCAGACAAUGAGUAUCCACCUCGGGUCUGUUUCACAUUGUUGGAUAAGGUACUGGAUGAAUUCUCCAGGCAAGUCAGUAAGAUAGACUGGCCUUCUGGAACCCCAACAACAAUAAACUACACAGCAUUGGAUGGCUAUCUUAGUAAAUAUCAGAACCCUCGUGAGGCAGAUGCAAUGACAAAAGUGCAAGCAGAACUGGAUGAGACCAAAGUCAUUCUGCACAAUACAAUGGAAUCCUUGUUAGAACGAGGAGAGAAACUAGACGACUUAGUAUCUAAAUCAGAAGUUCUUGGAACUCAGUCAAAAGCCUUCUAUAAAACUGCUCGCAAGCAGAACUCAUGCUGCAAGAUCAUGUGACCCUGGUUGGCUGUGACCUACGGCGUAUUCUGGACUAUCAGGCUUUCAUUUACAUUCAGGACUCCGAGAACAAGUCAGUAAGAAGAUGGGUCCCAACACUACCUACAGUGGCAGUCCAUAUUUCUAGAUUUUUAACCACCUCGGCCAGACUGGGUGCAUAGAUUGGGAUAUGAUAUUGCGGUUCAUGAAUUCAAAGCAAUCUUUUAAAAUUUCCUUCUCUUGGAAAGAAGUCAUCUUGGACAAGGUGCUUGUAUAGGGGUAAGGAUACACUGACUUUCCCCACUGCUAUCAAAGAGGCCCUAGUUCUAGCAGUUGGGCUGAUUCCUUCUUUGUUGGACUUUGUGGAGCUCUUUGAUUCUUUCUGAAACCUGCAAGCAGACAUGAACUGAGACUGCAUUUGUCGCUAUUUUCUUCUUGUGAUACUAACUAAACAGUUUGUCCAUCUGGAGGUUGCAAGCUGGUAUUGAGACCAGUCCUGGUGUGUCAUCCAAUGAUGAUGAAUUUCCUUGUGUACUGAAUUUCCCCAUUUUAGCCAUGCAAAGAUAGUAGAAACAGUCUAGACAUUCCCAGCCUGUUCUGACUUUCCCAGGUACUAUUUGUGGACACACAAUCUGGGAAGAACUGUUUUGCUUGAUAAUUGAAUAAAAGUGCUCCAUGGAAAGGAAUGUAUAGGGAUUGUUAAAAUUCUGAUUCAAAGCUGGAAGUUUUCUCAUCUUGGUAGUAGAUCUCUGCAGAAAAUGAGUAGCUUUUGAGAGCUAAUUUUCACAACUAGCUCUGCCCCUAAGGCAGGUUUUAUUUAAAAAGGCAUGUGGCACCAUCUGUGGGAAAUCUUAUGCAUUUUGCGUUGGUUGGAGAAGAGCUUAACCAUGGGGCUGGUCAGAUUAUUUUGUAGGUAGCUUGUGUUUUCGUACUUUUCUGGAUGAUGUGGAAGAGUUACUUCACAGUUUGACAAUCCCUCUUCACUGGCAACUUUGUGUUAUGGCUGGUGUUAGGCAGAGCCUCUGCCAUAGUAUUAACAAGUUGCCGUUAUCCGAUAACAUUGUGCUGUUGCCGAAAAAACGCCACCUGCUAUUUUACACUCAGAGCUGUACCAGUUUUGUGGAGCGCGACUUGUCUUAUAUCGGGCAUAACGUUGUACAUCUUGGUGUUGUCUUGUGAUGUUCUUAGCUGGGUGUUUUGUCCUGUACCCUGCCCUGGAAAGUUCGACUUUGCUGGCUAGUUUUGUGUAAGUGUAGAAAAUGUUCCUAUAAUGCUCUUGCUUUUCUCUCAGUAGUGCCUGAAAUUCGAGGCACAUUCUGUCCUGGAAGGCAGGGGAUGCUGGUUUACAGCUGGGGAUUGCCCUGCUUUUCCAUCUUACCUUUUCUUACCACUACUGUGGUGGAUUGAUUUGCAUAUAAAUGCUUAAAGAAUGCUUGACAAGGGGGCUGGAGUGAAGCAGUUCUUGUAACCAAGUGAAAGGAAAUGGCACACAGUGCUUUUGUACAUUAGUAAGAUUGUGGGGAAAACAGCCAUUUGGCUGUAACCUUAUUUUCCCAGUUGCAACUAUUGUAUAACAAGCAGUAUACUAAACCUGGGUUUCUGAAAAUGGUCCGGCCAGACCUGAGACUUGUUGAGUGCAAUUCUUCAGUCCAUUCCUUUUUAUUUUGUUUUGUGGUGUUUCACUCUCAGUUCCUAUAAUCUCGAGCAGCCAGCAACUACUAAAUUGUAGGCCUCUUGUACUUUAUAAACAGACACUAAACCUGGGACUAAAAGAAGGUAAUUGGGCAAGUGUGAUCCUCAAGAUUUAAGAUGUUUCUGUCAGCCCAUUAUAUGAAUAGUGAUGCAGCGUGGGACUUGAUAGCUUUCCUGCACUUCUUUGCUCCCUGUGCCCUUGGGAAGGAGUUUGGCUGAAGUGUGCACCUGGAUGAGUACAAACUUGAAGCAACGUUAUGCAGUGACUGCAUUGGCAGAAUCAAUGCAGCACCCUUCUAGGUGCCAGCAAUCACCAGCCUUAAUUUUUCCUUCCUCCUGCAACCUCUGCUUCAGAUAUACCCCAGGACAGUUGGGUUUCCUAUAGAGUCCAUAUCCUUUGCAGUUGGUUUCUUCUGUGGGCAAUUACUUUGAUCUUAAGUAGCUUUCCUAAUACGAGAGGAUGGGUAGAAAACUGCAGUGAGUUUCCUUACUACACACUAGCCAAAACUGUUAAUCCAUUUGGUCAUUCUUUAAAUGAAAAUGGACUUCAGAAACUUGCCCAGAUCAGUGUAGAGCAAGCUGGUUAGGCUCAUGUGCACCCAUUGGUUCUUUACCUUCUUCCUUCUUUCUAAUAUGGAAGCUUUUACUAAAGAUUGUAUUUUAAUAAAUAUUGCUUAAUUUAUGUAUUGGAUUAUACCUAUGUGGAUAAAGUUAUCAUUUGAGCAUUCAAAAAUGGCUGUGGGCUAUUUUAUAAAUGCAAGACUUUUUGUGUUAUAGCCUUAAACCAGGGAUCUCAAAUUUCAGCCCACGGGCUGAAUCCGGCCCACCAGGGUUGUUUUCCCAGCCCCAUUCACUCCUGUACCCCACGCAAGCCUCUGCCAUUCAUGGAGAACAGGAAGGGGAGGAAAGAUAAAAGGGAGGAAAUGAAGGAGGGAGGAAGGGAGGAGGGAAGGAAGGGAAGGAGGAAACAAGACAGAGGGAUGGAAGAAAGGGAAAGAAGGAAAGAGACAAGGAGGAGAUAAAGGAGAAAGGAAGGAAGGAAGGAAGGAAGGAAGGAAGAAGGCAGGGAAAUGAAAGGGAAGGAGGGAGGUGGGGGGAAAGGAUGAAGACAAAGGCAAAUUCCCUUUGAAUAAAUCGUCAUCAGAAAAACCUGUGAUAGGAUUGCCUUACGGUCGCCCUAAGUCUAAAACAAUUUGAAGUCACACAGCAACAAGCCUAAUUAACCUGACUAUCUCUUCAGCCAAAAGCAGGCCCAUACUUCCCACUGAAAUAUUGGUAAGUUGUGUUGGUUUAAAUUGUCCUUUGUUUUAAAUAUUGUAUUGUCUUACUUUUUUGUAUUAUAAAUAAGAUAUGUGCAGUGUGCAUAGGAA